AUGGACCCCCGCAUCAACUGCAGCUCGCAGGCUUUUUUGGAUGUUGAUUUCAAUAUGAUGCUUCAAAUAGCAGCUGUCGAGUAUCCAGUCAUGGUCGACAAUGGCCUGAUACUCAUGGGAUAUUCAACUGCUCUAGUUCCUGUUGAAGACUUCGAUCAUCGGACAAUCCUCUGGCACUUGGAGACAGCAAAGCAUGACUUUCAGUUCAAGACAACGGAGAUAUUGGCAACGGGAAAGACUUGGCUGAAGAAGACGAAGCUGGAGGAUCUACAAUUCAAAAGGGCUUUACUUGGCUGGUGCCCGCAAGCAAUUAGUCUCCUGGGAACUUCCAACUCAGGUUCCUCUGUGCGACUGUCAGAUGCAAGAGUCAAAUACUCUACAUGGAGCUGGAGGGGAGCCAAUUUGCAGUUUACUGCAACGACCACAUCACCCCUUCAGAUUGGUGGACAGAUUGGUGUCGAGUUUAAAAGAACAAUCAACACAUUGAAGUUCAGCGCUGGGAAAAACUAUCAAAAAUGUUUAACAAAUAGUGUCAAGGAGCAAGUUGUUCUAUAUGACGUUAUUGAAUCUAGGGCUUGGCUUGUGCCAUUGAUCUGUGUUUUCCAUGAAAUGCUGCUAGCAUACUGGCAGAAAAUUCCGAAAGCCCACCAGAAGGGGCCUAUUCCAUUAGCUGUACCUUCGGCUGAUGGUGCCCUGGCAUCAUUCGAUGCACUGAGCGGUAGUGGUGGAUGUAUAGUUGAAGGAUCAGGAGAUGACCAGUUGACCAUACGUGAUCUAAUACUUGGAUUUUCAGUCAAUAUGUCCAAGACAGCCAUAUGUCCCCCAUGGCGAUCUAAAGUUUACGGGUAUGAAUUCAUGGACAUCGUCAUGGACUCCCCCCAAGGUCAUCUCAAGGAAAGCCGCACUGACAAGGAGGGGUUGGCGUGGAUUUCAUUACUGCGCCAGGUGAACUGCUUUUUCUGCUCAGGGCUGGGCGAUGCGAUUGCCGGGUUGAAGGCCAACAUGCGCGAAUCUCCCUGCAAUAAGCUCCCUAAAGGCUUUGACUGGCUGGCCACAACUAUGCACAGCCUAGACGCAUUGAACAAUCGACACGGCAGUCAUCGUUCUACGAGCAUAGAAUGCCGGCUUUCUGAUCAGCUUUCCUGGUUCUUGACUGGGUCUCCGUUCCAAAUGUGUCAACAUGCAAUUGGAAGUCAAGUGUCUUGCUGGAACACAAGCCCUUUCCUACAGGAAAUUAAGGAUCACAGUCAGAGGCCUCAGGAUAGGCAGACACCUGGGCAACCGCAGGAGUUUUGUGAUGGAGCGGUGGUUUUUGGCCGUGGGAGAAGAGCUAUGAGCCCUAUCACGAUGGGAUCCUUUGUUGGAAUGGUCGUUCCAACUCAAUCAACUCAACAUUCCACCGCCGUACUCACCAUCAGAACCGCACAAGCGCCAUCUAUGGAUGACUUUUCUGUUGAACUGGCUCAUUCUGAACAGUUCGUUCAACAUUGA